AUGGAAUCACAUAUCAACAUAAAGAAGAGUGCUUCUCAAGUUAGCUUAACCUCCUCCACCAUCUUCGCCGUAUCAUCUUCCUCUUCCACCGCCUCAUUGUCCUCACCCACAACAUCCUCCUCUUCUUCAUCAACAACUUUGAAUUUCUCUAAGGGUACCAACUCUAUAAGAAAAGUAUCUCGAAGAUCAUUAGCAGUUCAAGAAGAUGAUAACAACGUCAUAAAACGGCGAAAGACCAGCGGCGGAGAUAAGCAUCCAACGUAUAGAGGAGUACGGAUGAGAAGUUGGGGCAAAUGGGUAUCUGAGAUCAGAGAGCCGAGGAAGAAAUCAAGAAUCUGGCUCGGAACUUAUCCAACGGCUGAUAUGGCUGCUCGAGCUCAUGAUGUGGCGGCUUUAGCCAUUAAAGGUACAACGGCUUAUCUCAAUUUUCCUGAAUUAUCCGGCGAGCUUCCUCGUCCGGUCACAAACUCUUCUAAAGAUAUUCAAGCCGCUGCCACCGCAGCCGCUGUAAAUUGGCAAGAUUCCGAUGUAGCUGCAUUAGAUGAAGCCCAACCGAGUCAAGAAGUGAUGGCUCAGUCUUUGUCAGGUAGUGUGGUGUUUUCUUCGGACAUUACAACCCAAGAGUCAUUAGAAACUUCAUGUGCUUCGACCACUUCGUUUGUGGACAAAGAUAGCGACGAGGAGCAGCUGUUUGAUCUGCCAGAUUUGUUUACUGAUGAGAUGAUGAUACGAAACGAUGCGUUUGCUUAUUACUCGUCCACAUGGCAGCUUUGUGGAGCCGAUGCUGGGUUUCGGGUUGAUAAAGAUGAGCCGUGUUUCUGUCUCAGUGACCUAAAUGACACUCUCCAGCUUAAUAUCUAAUUAGUUUACCCUACUUUUUUUCUAUUUACGCUUGUUUUUCUUUCAAUUUGUGUGUUAGUGAUUUUUUUUUUGUAUAGAAAUGGGUUUAUUUUUAUUUUUAUUGAGAAAAAGAGUGUUUGAUGAAUAUUUUUGUAAUAUACAUGUGGUGAGAACAUAUUCUGAAUAAAGAA